AACAUACUCGUAUAUAUAUAACAGUUUCUGAAGACGAGAUAAUGAAAAGUUACCGUCAGGCGGCGUCAAGGCGAGCGCCCAGUAUAUAACCGCGCCGCGCGCCGUCCGCUGCAUCACUCGCUGCUCGCUCCUCCCACACAACAUGAACACCGCCAUCGUCAUCCUCGCCCUGGUGGCGUGCGCCUGCGCCGCCGACAGCAGCGAGAAGCGCGACAAGAGAGGCUUCAGCAGCGGCUGGAGCUCCGGCGGACUCGGCGGAUACGGCGGAUACAGCGGACUCGGCGGAUACGGCGGACUCGGCGGAUACGGCGGCGGCUACUCCGCGCCCGCCGCGCGCCUCGUCACCGUCAACAAGGUGGUGAACACGCAGCGCGUCGUGGACGUGCCGCAGGUGGUCAACGUGCGCAAGGUGGUCUCCGUGCCGCAGGUGGUGUCCGUCAACAAGCUGGUGGCGGCGCCCAGCGGCGGGUACUCCGCAGGCCUGGGCUACUCCGGGGGAUACUCCGGCGGCUACUCCGGCGGCUACUCUGGCUACUCAGGCUCCUCCGGCCACGGCUACUCCGGCGCUGGCUACUCCGGCGCUGGCUACUCCAACGCCGGCUGGUGGUGAGCGCUGAGCUACCGAAUGCCACUUCAAAGCAUCUGUGAUUCUGUUGUUCUUUUAAGUUUACUUUAGUUUCACCCUAAGACUUGUUAUAUUUAAUUUCAAAUACAUUUUAUUUUUUCUAA